AUGGAGCGCAGCCACAACUUGCUGGAGGGGGGCGCGAAUAUCCCGGUGACAAGCGAGACAAGGAGAGUUACGCGGAACUUGACGCGCAGCUUCUCCUGGUCGGGGCGGGCUCGCGGCAGAUGGACCACUUCAAGGAAGGCUUCCUUAGGGGCUGAGGAGCUCGAAGUUCUCGUCACGGGAACGUCCGAGCUCGACUUCGACAAGCUCGCCAAGACCACCGAGUAUGACGGGGGCUACGGGAAGGACCACUGCACCAUACUGGCUUUCUGGCGUGCCGUGGGGCGGAUGCCCGCCGAGGAGCAACGGCACCUCCUCAUGUUUGUCACGGGCUCAAAGGAGGAUGCACUCGGUGGGCUAGGUGAGCUGACGUUCAAGAUCCAGCGGGCGGGAUCGGACUCGGACCAGCGUCCCACGGCCCGCACGUGCUUCAACAACCAGAGUACUCGGGAGAGAAAACAUUGA